AGUUUGACAACUGAAAAUGACGGGCCGGUAAGCGGCAAGGUACAUUAUUAUAGAGUAAAUGCCGUGAAAAAAAUUGCAAGAGUACCAAAUAUGAAGAAAGAGAAGCUAUCAGAAAGUCAGCGACCUUUCAAAUUAGCUCAUCAAAUCAUCAGCCUCACGGGAAUCAGUUUCGAACGGCGUAGUAUUAUCGGGUUUGUAGAGCUUACGAUAGUUCCAAAUCGUGAAAAUAUACGUGCAAUUCGAUUAAAUGCAAAACAAUGCAGGAUAUAUCGAGUGAUGUUGAAUGAUGUAUGCGAAGCCCCAUUUCAAUAUUUCGAUCCUUUCCUGGAUGUAUGCCAAUCAGAUUCAAAAACGCGUUCUCUGGAUACAUUUUAUAAACAUCACUUGGCAGCAGCUCAAAAAACAGACCCUGAUUGUAAUGCGGGAGAAUUAAUUAUUCAAAUUCCGCCAGAAGGAUCUCACCUGGUAGGGGAAGGUCGUGGAUUGCGAGUUGGUAUAGAAUUUUCAUUGGAAAGCCCAGAAGGCGGAAUACACUUUGUUAUUCCAAACGAAAUAGAGGGGCAGCCAAUGCCGAACUCAGCUCACAUGUUUACCUAUGGUCAUGAAAAUUCUUCCCGCCUUUGGUUUCCUUGUGUAGACAGCUAUGCUGAACCAUGCACUUGGAAGUUAGAAUUUACAGUGGACAAAUAUUUAACUGCAGUUUCUUGCGGCGAACUUACAGAAGUUGUUAUGACACCAGACUUGCGACGAAAAACUUUCCAUUAUGUUGUUUCAUCUCCCGUGUCUGCUCCAAACAUUGCUUUGGCCGUAGGGCCCUUCGAAAUUUACGUUGAUCCUCACAUGCACGAAGUCACACACUUUUGCUUACCACAGCUUAUGCCGUUGCUUAAAAACUCGGUCAGAUACCUCCACGAAGCAUUUGAGUUCUAUGAAGAGACUUUAUCAACGCGGUAUCCUUUUUCGUGCUAUAAACAAGUAUUUGUUGAUGAAAUCGAUACUGAUAUUGCUGCAUAUUCAACCAUGAGUAUAGCUUCUACACACCUAUUGCAUUCAAUCGCUAUAAUAGAUCAAACAUAUGUAACUAGAAAAGCAAUGUCAAAAGCAAUAGCUGAGCAAUUUUUUGGCUGUUUCAUUUCCUUGCAAAAUUGGUCCGAUACUUGGCUUGCAAAAGGCAUUGCAGAAUAUUUAUGUGGUUUAUAUUCGAAAAAGUGUUUUGGGAACAAUGAGUAUCGUGAAUGGAUCCAAUCUGAACUUGAGGAAGUUGUUAAGUACGAAGAAAAAUAUGGCGGAAUAGUACUGGAUUGUAGUCAGGCUCCGGCUCCCUUGCCAGUUUCAACAAAUUCGCCAGUGGUAGCUUCCAAACAACCAGAAAUCACUUACUACUUCCCUAUCAAGAGCUUGCAUACAAUGUCUCCAAAAUACAUUGAAGCCCUGCGGAAAAAGGCACAUUUGGUCAUACGUAUGCUUGAACAUAGAAUUGGACAGGAGUUACUGUUACAGGUUUUUAAUAAACAAUUAGCUCUGGCGGUCAACGCAUCAAUGACGAAAAUCGGAAGCGGCCUGUGGCAUCAAUUACUAAUUUCAACCAAUGUUUUUACCAAGGCAAUAUUCACUGUCACUGGUAAAGAUAUGUCGGUUUUCAUGGAUCAAUGGGUUCGCACUGGAGGACAUGCGAAAUUCUCACUAACAUCAGUUUUCAAUCGAAAGCGCAACACCAUAGAACUCGAAAUUCGUCAAGACGCAAUUAAUCAGCGAGGCGUACGUAAGUACAAUGGACCACUAUUAGUUCAGUUGCAGGAAUUAGAUGGAACAUUCAAACAUACUCUCCAAAUUGAAAACACCGUCGUAAAAGCUGAUAUUACUUGUCACUCUAAAAGUCGCAGAAAUAAAAAGAAAAAGAUUCCACUUUGUACAGGAGAGGAGGUUGAUAUGGAUUUAUCGCCAAUGGAUGAUUCGCCAGUUUUGUGGAUAAGAUUGGAUCCUGAAAUGAUUCUGAUGAGAGAUUUAAAUAUCGAACAACCCGAUUUUCAGUGGCAAUUUCAGUUGCGCCACGAGCGAGAUGUUACUGCCCAACUUGAAGCUAUUAGGGCUUUAGAAAAGUAUCCUACGCCAGCCACAAGAUUGGCUUUGACAGAUACUAUUGAAAAUGAGCAAUGUUUUUAUAAAGUACGCUGUCAGGCAGCACAUUGUCUUACCAAAGUCGCAAAUGCAAUGGUAACUAGCUGGCAAGGACCACCUGCUAUGUUGAAUAUUUUCCGGAAAUUUUUCGGCUCAUUCAGUGCCCCUCACAUAAUAAAGCAAAAUAAUUUUUCUAAUUUCCAACACUACUUUUUGCAAAAAACCAUUCCCGUGGCAAUGGCAGGAUUAAGAACAGCUCAUGGAAUAUGCCCGCCUGAAGUAAUACGUUUCCUCCUGGAUCUAUUUAAAUAUAACGACAACAGUCGAAAUCACUAUUCUGAUAAUUAUUAUAGAGCAGCGCUCGUUGAUGCUUUAGGGAAUUCAAUUACUCCUGUGAUUUCUAUGGUUCAACACGGAGCACCCAUAACGUCAGACAAUUUGUCUGCUGAUGCUAAGGUAGUUUUGGAGGAAGUUACACGGCUCUUGAAUUUGGAAAAACAUUUACCAUCUUAUAAAUAUUUGGUGUCAGUUUCCUGCCUAAAAGUCAUUAGAAAAUUGCAACAGUGUGGACACUUACCUUCUUUACCUAAGGUUUAUCGAAGUUACGCUGCGUACGGACAAUAUAUCGACUUAAGGAUAGCAGCAAUGGAAUGUUUGGUUGAUUUUGUUAAAGUGGAUGGUAGAUGGGAAGAUUUAGAGCAUUUAUUAGAUUUACUGGAGACUGACCCCGAUCCUGCUGCUCGCCAUGCCCUUGCAUCCUUAUUAGUCGAUAAUCCUCCGUUUGAACGGGGCUAUAAUCAUCCGUUGGAUAGGGAGGUACUUGUAGAAAGAAUUUGGACCAGUAUGAAUGGAUUGUUGUCCUACGAUUCAAAACUUCGAUGCUACAUGGUUGAUUUAUAUCAUUGCCUUUACGGAACGAAACGGCCCAUGUGCUUACCAGAUUCUGAUGUAACGUCUUCUAAAAAUCAAAAGUUGGGAAAUUAUUUACCGGAAGAGAAAUUUUAUGGAGACAACUUAUCAAAUGUGAAUUCUACACAUUUGAAUACAAUCGAUCAUACAUCCAGCAUAAGUUGUAAAAGAACGGCAUCUGAAACCUUUGAAGAACAUUUUGACUCGAAAGCAGAUAUAAAACCGCCAAUAGGUUCGACCAAUGUUGAUGGAGAAGAUGACAAUACUGCGUCAAUAGGACCUGAUUUGAAAAAAAUGAAAACUGACUAUUUCUCUGACAAUUCCGCAUCAUUACCAGGCAUGUCAGCGGCAGUAGGACCAAUAGGAUUUGAACCUGGAAUGUUUAAACAAGAAGAAGACAGUAAAUCCAAGUCAGAUGUAUCUGGGAAGAUGAAAAAGCGCAAAAAAGAUAAGAAAAAGCACAAGCAUAAGCAUAAACAUAAACACAAUAAAGAGAAAGAAAAGAAAGAAAAGAGAGAACUGAACAUACCCCGAGCCCAAAUUAAAGGAGAAACUCCAGAGACUUUGAGCUCUGCAGAUAGUUCCAGCAACAGCAAUGCAAAUCCGUUAGAGUAUCCCCUCUAAUAAAUUUGAAUCUUUCGCGGAAUGCACUACCAAAUUUCGUUUUAUGUCUUUCAAUAAAAUAUGAGAAAUACAUAUAUUUUCUAUUAAAAACUCGAA